AUGUUCCUAAAUGGUAUGUUUUACACAACAUCAAUGUACGGUAGGUGUCUAAAUGGUAGGUAUUGUGUGUGUUCUUGUUCUCAGGUUCUCUCAGUUCUGCAAUAACAGUAUUUCAAGUUGGUUAAGUGUCCAAAAAGUAUACUGCAUAAGUUAAACAAGAAACUGAAUAUAUUCCUAAAAACAUUGAUGCAAUACUAAUGCAAUACUAAUUAUCUAUCAGCCCUGGUAACUGUUAACCAUUUUUAUUUUCUGUGAGUUUGCACCCCUGUGACAGACUCUUGAGAAAUGGUGAUUACAUAGUACCGAUGGAUGUGAUGGAAAAUUCACUGUACUGCUUUGAAAACUUUUUUUCUUUUUUCUGUACUUGUCUGUCAUCAGAUUUGUCAUCAAUAUCGACACAUUGAUGCUGUUGAUUACUGAACUGCUCCAGGUUCAGUAGUAUGUGCUCACUUACAGGUUCAGCCAGGAUCACUUGGAGCUCCUAUUUAAUGCCAUCAGAGUGUCAGGUAGGGCUGAUGUUCUGAAAUGAAUUCAGAAAAUAUACUUAAUAUCUUUAUGUUAUGUUUUGUGGCAAAUGUAUGUUUUGUGUCCCUGUUUUCCAUACAAGGCGGCUGGAAUAACACACCAUCUGCGGCCCAGUUUCAGGCCAUCUUCCGCUGUCUGAUGGUUCGGUGUUGUGUCUCACCUAGUGAGACCGGCAAUGUGGCAGCCCAAGAUAACACUGUCCCUAACAGCUGUGGAGAUGUCCUUUGCUGAAUCUGCUGAAGAGGACCAAUCGCCAACAUUCCAGUCAUUGUGUGUGACCACUGUUAUCUUCCUACACAGUUUGGUGGUCUGGUGGAAAUUGUCUACAUAGCAGGAUUUGUAGUCCAGCAGAUUUUGCGAAAGCUGACCUGUGAUGUAUCCCAUGCGACCUUGGUCAGAGGUGCUGUACCAUCAUCAUUUGAUGAGAACUACCACCUUCUUGCCCUGAAAAACAACGUCGGCCUAGGGAUUUCAUCACAAGGGACAUUAAAGGUUUGAUUUUAUUAUCUUGUUUUUUCUUUAAAGGGACAACAGGGAGUUUUGGGAAGCAAAGUGUUUUAACACUACAUUUCCCAUGAGCCUCCUCACACACAGUGAAAUUCUUGGCCAGGUGCAAAGUUGAAACAUGUGCCAAGAAUGUUUUCAAAUCAAGAAUGGAGUGGAAGGUUUGGAGAUGAUCAGAUCCCGUUGUAUCUCCGACUAUAAAUGGUGUCCCGCCGGACAACAAACCGAAACAAGGAAAUGCUGGGCAAAACGCCCACUAAUAAUAGUACAAAAUAACGAUAAAGACAAAAUGAUAUAUUUAUUAAAAAUAGAUCCAUUAACAAGUGUUGGUAAUGUAGAUUAAUCCACAGUAAUAUGAGACUCUUUUAUAACCAAAUACAAACUACUUCUUGUCCCUUUAAUCUUUUUCUAUAUUAAAGUUGCUUUGUUCUUUCUUAUUUUCUCUGUUCUGUAAAGUGUCUUUAAGCACUGUGUAAAGUGCCACAAAAAUAUACUAUGUUAUUGUUUCAGUCAGGACCACUUUAGUCAAAAUUAAUUAUUUAUUACAAGCAAAUGUGGCGUAAUGGAAGGGGGGAGAGAUUAGGUAUUUUGUUGCCAAACAACGCCACCUGGGGAGUUUCACCCCAGGAAAUACAACAGACCCUCUCACUAGAGGUCACACAGAUUCGUUACACCCAAACAGAGACACCAAGUAAGACGGACUUCCAAAAAGAAUUACACGAUUUUAUUGAUUAAAACUCCUAAUUUUAAAAGAACACAAUAUGAAGUAUAAUCGUAUGAGUACCAGUAAACAAUAAAUGCAGUAACUAAACAAAAGCAGGAACAAGGAGACUGGGUCACAAACAGACUAACCUAAAAAGGAAAAAAAUUCAAAACCAAAGAAACCCACUGCAAACCAAAAGAAAUCACUACAAACCAAACAUCACGUGCCACGGCAACUAAAGGGAGUGAAGGGGGAGGCCACCACCGGGGAAGUCUGUUCCAAGCUCCUGAAAAAGAAAAAAAAGAAAUCAAUGAUAUGGUUGAUCACUCAAAAGCAAUAUAUAGAGUUCUGUUAAGAAUUGAUUUAAAUGACCUAUUCUAAAAAAACACACACACAUACAGCACACUCGUACGCACACACACACAACCACAAAAAAAAAGAAUAAACCUAAUUUAAUUGGGUAAUAAACUAAAUGGCAAACGAAAUCCCGGAUAUAACUAUACAAGAUAUUAACAGAAAAAAACAAACAAAAAAAAAAGAAACAACAAGAAACUUCCGUUAAAUAACAACCAAAUCCAAACUAAACAAAAUAAACAGUUUCACCCGAUAGCCAGUUCGCUAAAUAAACAAAAUAAACCAAAGAAAAGAAAUAAUCAAACUCAAGAAUAGGUUGUGUUGGGCGAAAACCAGUUCUUUGCGCAGUAUGGGACGUCAAAGAAGCAGCAGAGAAACGGAGCGGCCGCACCGGGGCUGGAGGCCUGGGGAAGCCGUCUUUGUGCCCCGCUGGCGACCAAGUAGUGGGUAGAAGUAGAGCCUCGCACAGAGAGGAGAGCCACAGAGGAGAGCCAAGAUCUGUGGCUUCAGCAGCCGAGCGAAGUAAGCUUUUACGCACGGCCAAACCAGUCACCGUCUUUUGAUGAUAAAAAGAGCCAACACCACACUCAAAACACCUCUACCUCCACGCCAGCAGCAGACCACGCCAGCAGCAGACCACGCUUUUCUGUCCCACAAUGAUCGAACCCAAUGACCAGCGGACAAUCACACAGCCCGUCGAGUGAAUGUCAGGUAGCACUGGGUUGACUGAGAGGACAGAACUUAUAAACCUCCCGCCCUGCAAUCAAGCCAGGCACCACUGGAGAUUGGAUGCAGCUGAUGCCACUUGAAUGGAGGUGCAGCAGCAACCUGCCACAUUCCACCCCCAACUUUUGUGUCAUCGCCCCGAUGACAAGCUAUGAGCCAACAUACACCCAAAACUAGGACCAAGGCCUAAACAGGACAGACUGAACAUUCGCCACAGGCCGUGCCGGUUCGAACAUCCCACGCUGCCUGAUGCUGAUGGGCUGAGGCAGACAGUGGACAUUAGAAUGUUGACCGGCGGUGGAACGACCAGUUCGACGCAAAGUCAGCUGAGAGGGGCUGGGCUGACCACUCGGGCGAGCAGCCGCCCCAUGAGAACCCUCUUGUCCUAUACUCAGACCUGGAUUUAGCUUGUCCUGUACUGCAGUUAUCCCAGCAGGACCGGCGGAGGGGGGAGAAGCUGGUGCCGCAGUGGCAGCGAGUGCCGAGGUUUCACGGGCCAACAGCCAUAACUCGCCAUCUUCAGGGGAGUCAGAGAGGCCUACAGGCUCAGCCGGAGCAGGUGGAGACAGAGCUCUAGGUGGGUGAGCAACAGAAACAAUUUGGGGCUUUAACAGGUCUCGGUGCACCUGCCGCGCCUUAUGCAGCUCUGCUACAGGGGCGAUGGUGUAAACUGUGCCGUCGCCUGUGGGGGCUCUCAGCACCUGGAAGACCACAGAGCUCCAUUUGUCGUGGAGCUUGUGUCGACCCCGAACCCCAAGAUCUCGAAGGUAGACCCGCUGGCCGACCUGAAGAGGGGCCUCCUGAACAUGCUGAUCAUGCGGCUCCUUCCAUCGAUCUGCAGCCGCCAACAACCUCUCACGAGCAUUCUCAAAUGCCACCUUGAGCCUGGCCUGAUGCUCCAUCAACCAGUCCUGUACUCCCCCUGGCUCAGGGUCCCGAACCCGGCCCAAGAGAAAAUCCACAGGGAGCUUGGGCUCCCUACCAAACAUCAGAAAGAAAGGAGAUUCCCCUGUGCCCUAGUGCGGCGUGGUGUUAUAACAAAACAAAACCUGAGGGAGACAAGAAACCCAAUCCCGUUUCCGGGAUAUUGGCAAUGUCCGCAGUAGGUCAUGGAGAGUUCUAUUGAAUUGCUCACACUGCCCAUUGCCGGCCGGGUGGUAAGGCGUGGUCCGGGAUUUUUCCACCUCAUACAGGCAACAGAGCUGGUGAAUCAAGGAGCUCUCAAAACUCCGACCUUGAUCAGAAUGUAUACGGCUCGGCACACCAAACCGGAAAAACCAUUCAGUCAGCAGAACCCCAGCCACAGUGGCUGCCUGCUGAUCCCGGGUAGGGAUUGCCACCGUAUACUUACUGAACACAUCAGUCAUUACCAAGACGUUCUCCAACCCAUUAUGAGAGGGCUCCAACAACGUGAAAUCAAUGGCGACAAUCUCAUUCGGACGAGAGGCCAGCAAAUGGCCCAUGAAACUGCGGGGCACGGAUCCUGAGUCCUUUGCAACCUGGCAACGUUCACAUGCCCGGACCCAUGUAACAGCGCUGCUGCACUAGUUCAGUGGUGCGCUCGAUGCCCUGGUGUCCAUGAUAUUGGUGCAACUUUGUCAGGACCUCCUCCUUCAGGACAGCAGGUAAGACCAGCUGGAGGUUCUCCUCUCCCCCGUCCGAAUGGACAGUCCGGCGGUACAACACACCCUCCUGCUCGACCAAACGGUCCCACUGCUUUAGCAGCGUCAAUGCAGAAGUGGGAAGUUGUUGUCUCUCCUCAUACGUAGGUUUAGUCUGCCUCCUCCAAAAGGGCAAGAAAUGGUCAUGCAGAAGGGGAUCGGCCUCCUGCAACGAGCGGAGGUCCGAUAGAGAAUGUCCCUGAAAAACAGACACCAGUGACUGGACUGCAGGCACCUCGGCGACUGGGCCUGACGCUUGUUGAAAAAGCAGUGAAAAAGCGAAGGUCGGCCCCGCCACCUGUCGGUUCCUGAUCAGGCCUUCUUCAUCUUUGAUCACCUGGAAGGGGAGGCCAGAGAGGAGAUCAAGUAUCGCCCCCGUGUGGAGAGAGAGAACCCAGACAGGGUUUUGUCCAUCCUAACUGAGCUAUAUGGCUGUGUUCAGUCAUAUGUGACCCUGCAGCAGGGUCUGCAGCAACAAUCCUCUACCCCGGAUUGAGGAAAGCCUUGACACCCUUGCUGGAGCUCGCUGGUUCACCACCCUUGACUUGGCGAGUGGGUAUAACCAGGUCCCUGUAGCAGAGCAGGACAAGCCUAAAACGGCCUUUUGUACACCUUUUGGUCUGUUCGAGUGGAACCGUAUGCCGUUCGGCUUGUGCAAUGCUCCAAGCACCUUUCAAAGGCUUAUGCAAAGGAUGUUUGGGGAUCAACAGUGUCAGUCCUUACUUUUGUAUUUGGAUGACAUUAUUGUCUUUUCGUCUUCAGUCCCCCAGCACCUGCAGCGACUGGAGGUGGUCUUGAGUCGGCUGCAGAGGGAAGGCUUGAAGGUCAAGCUGGAGAAGUGUGCCUUUUUCCAGAAGGAGGUCAGUUAUCUGGGGCAUAUCAUCUCCCAUCAAGGAGUGUCCACUGACCCUGCCAAGAUUGAGGCGGUGGAAAAAUGGCAGCGUCCCCGCCAUGUGUCAGAGCUGCGUUCGUUCCUGGGGUUUGCCAGCUAUUACAGGCGGUUUGUUGAGGGGUUUGCUAGACUGGCGGGGCCCCUACAUAAGCUGGUGGCAGAACUUGCAGGGUCAUGGUCCAAGCGAGGCUCUGGGCGGGAGCUGAGUUCAGCAUGGACACCCCAGUGCGAGCAAAGCUUUGAGGCCUUAAAGGCUAAGUUGAUUUCGGCCCCAGUGUUGGCCUAUGCAGACUUUUCACGCCCAUUCAUCCUCGAGGUGGAUGCAAGUCACAGUGGUCUGGGGGCUGUCCUUUCGCAGGAGAGUGAUGAUGGUGUUCGGCUGGUAGCAUAUGCCAGCAGAGGCCUUCGACCCACGGAGCGCAAUAUGGACAACUACAGUUCAAUGAAGCUGGAGUUUCUCGCGCUUAAGUGGGCAAUGGGAGAGAAGUUUCGGGAGUACCUGUUGGGGCACAAGUGUGUAGUCUUUACAGACAACAACCCCUUGAGUUACCUUAACUCUGCCAAGUUAGGGGCCACGGAGCAGCGGUGGGCAUCCCAACUAGCUGCUUUCGAUUUUGAAAUCAGGUACCGCUCCGGGCACAGCAAUAAGAACGCUGAUGCUCUCUCCCGGCAGUAUUUGUCAGGGUCCAGCCUGGCUGAACGUGUGCUACCUGGCACUUCGGUCCCACUGCUUUUUCAACAAGCGUCAGGCCCAGUCCCCGAGGUGCCUGCAGUCCAGUCACUGGUGUCUGUUUUUCAGGGACAUUCUCUAUCGGACCUCCGCUCGUUGCAGGAGGUCGAUCCCCUUCUGCAUGACCAUUUCUUGCCCUUUUGGAGGAGGCAGGCUAAACCUACGUAUGAGGAGAGACAACAACUUCCCACUUCUGCAUUGACGCUGCUAAAGCAGUGGGACCGUUUGGUCGAGCAGGAGGGUGUGUUGUACCGCCGGACUGUCCGUUCGGACGGGGGAGAGGAGAACCUCCAGCUGGUCUUACCUGCUGUCCUGAAGGAGGAGGUCCUGACACAGUUGCACCAAGAUCAUGGACACCAGGGCAUCGAGCGCACCACUGAACUAGUGCAGCAGUGCUGUUACUGGCCUGGGAUGUCUGCUGACAUCCAGAGAUGGGUCCGGGCAUGUGAACAUUGCCAGGUUGCAAAGGACUCAGGAUCCGUGCCCCGAAGUUUCAUGGGCCAUUUGCUGGCCUCCCGUCCGAAUGAGAUUGUCGCCAUUGAUUUCACGUUGUUGGAGCUCUCUCAUAAUGGGUUGGAGAACGUCUUGGUAAUGACUGAUGUGUUCAGUAAGUAUACGGUGGCAAUCCCUACCCGGGAUCAGCAGGCAGCCACUGUGGCUGGGGUUCUGCUGACUGAAUGGUUUUUCCGGUUUGGUGUGCCGAGCCGUAUACAUUCUGAUCAAAGUCAGAGUUUUGAGAGCUCCUUGAUUCACCAGCUCUGUUGCCUGUAUGAGGUGGAAGAAUCCCGGACCACGCCUUACCACCCGGCCGGCAAUGGGCAGUGUGAGCAAUUCAAUAGAACUCUCCAUGACCUACUGCGGACAUUGCCAAUAUCCCGGAAACGGGAUUGGGUUUCUUGUCUCCCUCAGGUUUUGUUUUGUUAUAACACCACGCCGCACCAGGGCACAGGGGAAUCUCCUUUCUUUCUGAUGUUUGGUAGGGAGCCCAAGCUCCCUGUGGAUUUUCUCUUGGGCCGGGUUCGGGACCCUGAGCCAGGGGGAGUACAGGACUGGUUGAUGGAGCAUCAGGCCAGGCUCAAGGUGGCAUUUGAGAAUGCUCGUGAGAGGUUGUUGGCGGCUGCAGAUCGACGGAAGGAGCCGCAUGAUCAGCAUGUUCAGGAGGCCCCUCUUCAGGUCGGCCAGCGGGUCUACCUUCGAGAUCUUGGGGUUCGGGGUCGACACAAGCUCCACGACAAAUGGAGCUCUGUGGUCUUCCAGGUGCUGAGAGCCCCCACAGGCGACGGCACAGUUUACACCAUCGCCCCUGUAGCAGAGCUGCAUAAGGCGCGGCAGGUGCACCGAGACCUGUUAAAGCCCCAAAUUGUUUCUGUUGCUCACCCACCUAGAGCUCUGUCUCCACCUGCUCCGGCUGAGCUUGUGGGCCUCUCUGACUCCCCUGAAGAUGGCGAGUUAUGGCUGUUGGCCCGUGAAACCUCGGCACUUGCUGCCACUGCGGCACCAGCUUCCCCCCCCUCCGCCGGUCCUGCUGGGAUGACUGCAGUACAGGCCCAGCUAAAUCCAGGCCCGAGUAUAGGACAAGAGGGUUCUCAUGGGGCGGCUGCUCGCCCGAGUGGUCAGCCCAGCCCCUCUCAGCUGACUUUGCGUCGAACUGGUCGUUCCACCGCCGGUCAACAUUCUAAUGUCCACCGUCUGCCUCAGCCCAUCAGCAUCAGGCAGCGUGGAGUGUUUGAACCGGCACGGCCUGUGGCGAAUGUUCAGUCUGUCCUGUUUAGGCCUUGGUCCUAGUUUUGGUGUAUGUUGGCUCAUAGCUUGUCAUCGGGGCGAUGACACAAAAGGUGGGGGUGGAAUGUGGCAGGUUGCUGCUGCACCUCCACUCAAGUGGCAUCAGCUGCAUCCAAUCUCCAGCGGUGCCUGGCUUGAUUGCAGGGCGGGAGGUUUAUAAGUUCUGUCCUCUCAGUCAACCCAGUGCUACCUGACAUUCACUCGACGGGCUGUGUGAUUGUCCGCUGGUCAUUGGGUUCGAUCAUUGUGGGACAGAAAAGCGUGGUCUGCUGCUGGCGUGGUCUGCUGCUGGCGUGGAGGUAGAGGUGUUUUGAGUGUGGUGUUGGCUCUUUUUAUCAUCAAAAGACGGUGACUGGUUUGGCCGUGCGUAAAAGCUUACUUCGCUCGGCUGCUGAAGCCACAGAUCUUGGCUCUCCUCCGUGGCUCUCCUCUCUGUGCGAGGCUCUACUUCUGCCCACUACUUGGUCGCCAGCGGGGCACAAAGACGGCUUCCCCAGGCCUCCAGCCCCACGCGGCCGCUCCGUUUCUCUGCUGCUUCUUUGA